AUGCAAAUAAUUUUUGUGUCAUUAAUUGUUGUUUUACUUCAACAAAAUAUUCAACUAGCGCACGGAGUUACAUGUGCAAGCAAUCCAUGUAAUAUCACACCUCCUUUCGAUGCAAGCACCGGCUACUGUUGUUACGAUGUUCCACCUAAUAACGUUGAUUCUGUAUGUGUAUGUCCAAAUAAUAUCCCACCGGUGCUCAAUGGACCUUGCCGCAAUUCUACAGCACCAGGUGCAGCAUCUUGCAGUCGAACAUGUUUCAAUGGUGGUGUAUGUAAUAUUGUCAAUGGUGCCGAAGUAUGUUGGUGUACUUUAGGUUUUUCUGGUUCAUUUUGUGAACUUCAAGGUACUGUUGGUCGUUGUGUGCUUGGACUAUGUCAAUAUGGAACUUGUGUUGAAAACACAAUAGGAACAGCAGUACAUGCUUAUUGCCACUGUAAUCCAGGCUGGACUGGAAUGAAAUGCAAUCAACGCUACUUUACAUGUACACAAGCAGGUGUGUUUCCUGAUACCGCAUAUUGUGCCACUGGUCGAUAUUUCUAUUGUCCUCAAGUCAAUGGAGCACCAAUUAUUGCAACGUGCCCCAAUGGAAUGAGAUUCAACCGUGUGACAAACAAUUGUGAUGCCAACUAUUUUUGUACAUAA